AUGAUAAUAUGUUCCUGGAAUGUGAGGGGGAUUAAUGCUCCUUCCAAGGUGGUGGAGGUGAGGAGAUUUUUGCAGAAGAAUAAGGUUGAUGUUGUAGCUUUAGUGGAGACUAGGGUAAGAGAAAUUAAUGUCAAGAAAAUUCAGAAUAAACUUGGGGGUGAGUGGAAGUGGGAAAUGAACUACUCUUACUCUCCUAAAGGAAGAAUUUGGGUUGGUUGGAGACACAGUUUGAUUACCUAUCAGAUGGUGAAUAAAUCAGAUCAGUUCAUUCAUGGAGUUAUUUGCACUAAGAUUGGCUUAACUAGUGCUGAGAUUAUUGUUGUCUAUGGAUUACAUACAAUAGAGCAUAGAAAGCCCUUAUGGGUUGAUUUGGUCAACACUGCAGGUACUGUGAGCAAGGCUUGGCUCCUUAUGGGGGAUUUCAACUCUGUUUUGUAUUCUGGAGAUAGGAUUAAUGGAAAUCAAGUUCAAGAUUCUAAAACAAGGGACUUUGAGAGGUGUAUUGAUGCUGCUGGGUGUGCUAAUUGGCAUACUGUCUUUGAUGAUGCUGUUGUGGACUAUCUCAAUCCUGGACUGUCUGGCCAUUCUCACCUGGUCCUCACUUGUAAAAUGGAGAUUCAUUCUAAAGACAGGCCUUUUAGAUUCUUUAACUAUAUGGCUGAUCAUCCUAGUUUUAGUCAAGUCGUUCAAGAUGGUUGGAAGGUUAACAUUAAGGGUACUACAAUGUAUCAGGUUCAAGUAGCUGCUUCCCCUACUGACACUGAUCUACAGGUGAAUGAGAAAAGGCAAACUGAGUUACUUAAAAAAUUCAUGGGAAUUCAGGAGAGUGCAUACAGACAAAAAUCAAGAAUUCAGUGGUUGAAAACAGAGGAAAUUCAUAAAGAAAUUUGUGUCUUCUAUAAGGAGUUGGUUGGGUCUGCAGCUGAUAAUCUUGUUGGGAUUGACCUGGAUAUUGUUAGAAGAGGGAAUCAACUGACUGUUGAUGCUGCUCAAGGCCUUGUGGUUCCAGUUACAAAUGAUGAGAUAGAUGUUGCUUUAGCAGGUAAAAACAUUCAUAAAGCCCCUGGCCUUGAUGGUUUCAAUAGCUUUUUCUUUAAGAAGGCAUGGGAAACAGUUAAAGUUGAUAUCUAUGCAGCUGUUAAGGAGUUCUUUGACACUGGGAAAUUGCUGAGACAAAUCAACAACACUUCUGUGACCUUGAUUCCUAAGGUUCAGAAUGCCAUAAGUGUCAAGGAUUUUAGACCUGUUGCAUGUUGCUCUAUUGUUUAUAAGCUUAUUUCUAAAAUCCUAACUUCAAGAAUGCAGGCUGUGAUUGGUGAUGUGAUAAGAAAUUCUCAAUCAGGGUUCAUCCCUGGUAGAAAUAUCUCAGAUAAUAUUUUGUUGGCCUCAGAGUUAGUUAAAUGCUACUGUAGAAAGUACAUCUCACCCAGGUGCAUGAUCAAGGUGGAUUUAAAAAAGGCUUAUGACUCUAUUGAAUGGCCUUUUCUCAAACAGAUGUUGCAAGAAUUGGGGUUCCCUGGUAAAUUUGUUCACUGGAUUAUGCAAUGUCUAUAUUCUGUUUCUUACUCUAUUCUGCUAAAUGGAGCUCCUACUUCCCCUAUUCAUGCUAAAAAAAAGGUUUGA